GUGCGUGUGGUGGUGGUGGUGGAGCGCGUGUAGGCUGAAGCGACGUCCAGAAACGGCCACUGACUGACUCAGUUCGUCGAGUUUCUUCGCUAUUUCCACCAUGUUCAGCCUAUUCGCUCUCUGGCUCACGUUAACUGCUCUAAACAUCGUUCCCAUCUUUGUCGAUGGCCAAUUGGGACAGGCCCAGCAGGACUUCCUGGCACAGAUUCAACCGCCAGCUCCGGCUGCAUUUUUCGACCUUGGCCAGAAUCCAAAUAGUUAUACCGAGUUCGAAGGAAAUCUUGUUCGGUAUGGAGAAGACUUUGGAGAUCGUUACAUAACCGAUAAUCAACGGCAAAAUGGGCUUAACAUAAAAUUACACAAUUUCUUUCCAUUCUAUGGUGGCCGAUACAACUAUACCCUGAUCUCAACAAAUGGCUACAUCAGCUUUGCCUACUUUUCUGAUGAUUCCUCCACGCUUCAAGUUGGCUUAGAUAUAGAUUGGCCAACCCAAAGUGACCCAGCCGUCAUCGCACCUUAUCUUUGCAAGCAACGUAUCCAAAGUGGUCAAGGUGUUGAUUCUAGAGUGUUCUACAGAGUAGAAACUCGUCGGGGGCCUGUACAGACUAGUCCUCGUGGUGGUCGGCCUCCUUGUUUAGGGAAACCAGCUCAUUUUCGAUGUGAUGAGCAGUCGGAACUAUUUCUUAACGCUCUUCAGCGAUCUCUAAUGCAAGGCGUAGCGGGAGCUUCGACUUUCCGAGCUGAAGCGGCUCUUAUAGUGACUUGGAAGAACUUACGACCAAACAUUGGUAGUGAACAUGGUCUUUCCACCUAUCAGCUUGUUUGGAUGUCAGACGCUCAAGGACUGCUUUCCUACACUAUGAUCAAUUACUAUAAGCUCGGAUUUGACGCCGCUGAUAUGUACGGAAAUUCUCGGACUGGAAAAUGCCAGGCGAUUUUCAACGGUGGCAAUCAUACGGGUUCAGUUAUGGUUGAUCUAUCAGAAAUCACUAAACAACAACCGUCAUCGCUAGCAUCUCGCUCAUCAGUACCACAUGUCGUUAGGGGAAGAUAUUUUCAUCGCGUUGAUGAUGUUGUGCGACCAGCUGGAUGUGGAAACAAAACUGGAGGAACUUUCCCCCUGUUGAUCUACCCCAAUAUUGUCACAAUGCUUGGUCAGACGAAGGUGGAUGUAAAUGGAAUGUGUCUCAACCCAGCUGUCACCUACGUCCUUAUGAUCGAACAACGGCAGAUGGCCAAAUGCGACAUUCUGAAUCCAUCCAUAGCUCGGUGCACACUUCCGAAAAUUUUGGAUUGGGGCACAAAGACUGUCUACUUCCAACCACAGUCUGGUUUGUCAAACGAUGAAAAGGCAUACGUUGGGUUUAUCUACUUUGUUCCUCCUACACUGGAUCCCUUACGGCUGGACAUAGGAGAUAUUCAUUCUUGGUAUCUUAAUCCUCCACCAACGUCUAUGACCAUCAAAUGGUAUCCUCGAAAUUUUACCGCCCCUCGUGCACCCGGGCAACCUAUCAACUACCUCGAUGAUAGUAUCUACAAUGUACAGCUUGGUCUGUACGUGGUCGGCUAUAAGGAAGCGCAAGAUGAGAAUUUGAAAAAGUUUGUGCCACAGCAUAGAGUAUUGGCCAGGCUGGCUACCUACACCAAUCGCGCGGAUGAGCAGUAUCGGUGGAACCCUAUAGUUGAACAAUAUAACCUCGAUCGCGUGGAUGAGUGGUACCUCGACAGUGAUGAGAUCUGGUACGAUCUUUUUACGUACCGAUUCGGAUACUUGAAACUUUCACCGAUACAAGAAGCAACUACUACGACCGGCAGGAGAAUUGUAGAACUACCAGAAGGCAUCAUUUCGUCUCCCAUUUCACUGCACUGGCUAUGGACGUUGCCAACCGACGGACAAUUUCAAGGCAACAGGCAAGAUAGACAAGCAAAGCUGAACUUUGUUAAGGAGAAGGCUCGCGAGAUGUGUCACGAAUGGUUCAAUGAAGACGGUGCAUUGUCUAACUUCAUAAGAGAGACAGAGACCAAUUCAAGCUGUCCUUGCAAAGAAGAGCAGGCUAAAAUGGACUUGGGACGAUACAUGCCUCAUCCGAGGUGCAGUUCGCUUUUUCGUGACGUCACGUGCACGGAAACAUUAGGGUCUAUGAACUGCUACAUGUCCGCACAGAAUGUUCGUGGCUCGACCUACCGUACCACUGCUGAGGGCCGUGAGGAAGAAAGCUCCUAUGCAACCCAUUAUGGUCAGACUUGCUGUUACGAUGCUCGAGGAUUUCUCAUGCAGUCUACUUACCAACCGGUGGUGAAGAUAGAUGAGAGUACUCCCUAUUCACCAGGAGUACCGGCAAGAGCAUUUGAACUGGGCAGCGCACCAUUCCAGGGAAUGUUUGAGGUGCCCGGCUUAUCCACUUUCCAUCAUGAUAUAAUGCCCUACUAUCUCUGCUGUAAAUUUGCCGAUUUUCGUUGUCAACUCUUCUACUGGCGCAGGCCAUCAAGCGCAUGUCAAGCCUACACCCCACCCGUGAGCGGGUCCAUUUUGGGUGCUGGAAUCGUUUCCACCCUGAACAAUAGAAAUUUCAUAUUUAAUGAACCAGGCAUAUUCACAUUAUUGCAUGCACACAGGACAAUCUCUACACCAGAUGUGCAAAUCCAAGUGCGUUUGGAGCGCUUUCCAGAUAGAAGUGUAGAUUUUGGCGCUUUAAACAUCGAACAACGAGACCUGGUACAACCGACAAAUACUACUGUAGUUACUGGAGUAGUGCUAUCUGCUGAUGGCGCUGAUCGGGUUCAUGUGGUACUGCGGAAAGAUACAUUUCGCCAACGUUACAAGACUUCUGUCAUUGUGGGGAAUGUUAUACGAUAUUUCGACAACAUGAAUAUACAGCGAUUCAGAGGUGGGUUGUUCCCCUUGAUACAUCUUACAUGCCUACCAAAACACCUGUUAUUUUUGGGAGUGACCGUCUAUGUCAACAAUGUCGAAAAAGGUCAGUCGGAAAUUUACGUAGUCCUGGAUGAAGCACAAAUAGGAAUGCGAAUUCGUGAAACAUACGCCAUUGACAUUGACAGGAGAUUUAACUAUAUGGAAAGCUUAGGCCUGCUAGAUUUGCAGAUUUCCGUACCUCCUCAAUAUAAAGUCGGAGUCAUGCCCAGAACGCAAGACAUGCCAAGAGUGGAAGGCCUGAUCAAUCCAUUCCCAGAUGAACCAUUCCAACAGCAGUAUUCGCAGCUUACUUGGACUAGUGUUAACGAAGCGGGAGUCCGAACGCAGGUUAUGCGAUAUAGAAUAAAAGGUGAGUUGGAAGUGAUGAGUGUCGUGACGCAAUCAGAAGACGUUACGGAUCUUUUCACCUCAAGAAGCGACCGGGAGACUUUGUUCCAGGCGUUUGCUGACCAUUAUUUGAAAGGAUCAGUAUACAAAACCGCGUCAAAAUAUCAUACCCCGGAAUACACAUUCUAUCCUCAAACGGAGAUGCUGUUCAGAAACUUUCUAGAAUUUUGCAGAACUCCAAGAAGAGAUCCUGACUACGAGUAUCCCGAAGAGCGUCAGCUUUACUUGCGGUGUCCAAUCGACCUUGCCUCAUUGGAAUCAGACUGUGGCAACGAUGUGGCUUGUCUCUAUGAUGCCGUCAUGCUGCAAGCUCGUCUAUUGGGUGAGGAAGCACGAACCUCCUACAAUUACUACCUCACACAAAGACUAGAAAGCGUAGCAAGAUACAACUCUUGCGGAGCCAUGAAUAUUGAAUAUCCGGAGUAUCUUAUCAAAGGACCAUCCAGUGGAGAGCCUGCCUAUCUUGAGGGGGAUAAACUUUCAUUUAGCUGCUUCCAGACACACGUUCUCAUGGGAGACACCGAAUUUCAAUGCAGAAGAGUCAGAAACGAGGACGGUACAACAUGGCGUAUGCAGUGGACACAGGGUGAACAACCAUGGUGCAGACAUAGAGCUAAGGAUAACAUCCUCACUUGGCUGCUUUGGACAGCCGUGGCGUUUGGUAUACUCUUUCUGAUCAUUGGUGUGUUCGCUGUGUGCUGGGGCGUCAAGCAGGCUGAUCGCAGAAAACGAGGAUAUCUGAAGGUUGCAAAUGGCCGUAGUCGUGAGACUGAAAUUCUCAAUCAUUACGAACAACCGAAGGACGGUGGUAUGGGAGCAGGCGUGCACGGAUACGGUGGCAGAACUUCUCGUGUAGGAGCUAGAGGAUACGAAUCCGAAACUUCUGGUAUGGGUGCUACUGCAAUCUCUGGCGGAAUCUCUGGCAUGGAAGUGCUUGAGAAAGAGCCGAGAAGUCGUACAACAAUUAUACGAAGGACAACAACCUCGCCAAUGUACUCAGUGCAAUCUCAGUCUCAAUCGCAGUCUACAGUCAGCCACGGUUCUAUAAUGAUUCGUUUACCCGAAUACUCUUCCGUAUAGCAGCUUCAAUGUGAUAUAAACUUCCCCGUGUUCUUUCAAAAACUCAUUCUUUCUUGAGGUCAUACUAUGUGCAAUGUACACUGCCGGCGUAGGCUCUAUAUUUAUGAUCUUGCAAUAAU